AUGGCGAACCCAAAACAGGGAAAUGAAACGUCCAUUACAGAAUUCAUCCUCCUGGGAUUCGGGACUCAUCCUGAUCUGCAAAUUCUUCUCUUCCUGCUGUUUCUAGUGCUGUAUAUGGCAACCAUGGCCGGGAACAUCCUCAUCAUUGCACUAGUUGUGUGUGAUCAGCACCUCCACACUCCCAUGUACUUCUUCCUGGGGAACUUGUCCUGCUUGGAGACAUGCUACACCUCCACCAUCCUGCCCAGGAUGCUGGCCAGUCUCCUCACUGAGGACAGGAAAAUUUCCUUCAAUGGGUGUCUCACACAAUUAUAUUUCUUUUGUUCUCUGGUUGCCACAGAAUGCCUUCUCUUAUCAGUGAUGUCUUAUGAUCGGUAUGUAGCGAUAUGCAAUCCAAUGCACUACACAACCCGUAUGAGUGGCAGGGCCUGGCUACAGCUUGCAGGUGGCUCUUGGAUAGGUGGCUUCAUAGGUAAUAGCAUAACGACAUUGUCAAUAUCCCAGUUAACUUUAUGUGGCCCAAAUCGUAUUGACCAUUUCUUUUGUGACCUUAUCCCCCUGAUAACUCUCUCCUGUAAUAACCCUCAGCUGAUGGAAAUGUUGGCUUUCACACUCUGCUUGAUUUUCUCACUGGUCCCAUUCCUGCUUACCUUGAUGUCCUACAUUUGUAUCAUUGUGACCAUCCUGAGAAUCCCAUCCUCCACUGGGAGGAAAAAGGCCUUUUCCACCUGCUCCUCCCACCUCAUUGUGGUGAUCAUUUAUUAUGGAACUCUACUAAUUGUCUAUAUGUUCCCAAUGACCAGCAUCCUGAGUGAGUUCAACAAAGUGCUCUCUGUCAUCUACACCAUCCUGACUCCCCUGGUCAAUCCCCUCAUCUAUAGCCUGAGAAACAAAGAGGUGAAGGAAGCCCUGAGGAAAGUUUGCAGGAAAUUUGUGGUUGAAAAAUGCUAA